AUGAGGAUCUCCACCUUCCUCCCCGUUCUGGCUGUCCCUUUUGUACAAUGUCAUUACAUUUUCAGUCAACUCAUCGUUAAUGGAAAUGCUGUAGGUAGCGAUUACACCUACAUGCGCAAAAACAGCAACAAUUACCAGCCGUCCUUCACCUCAGAGAUUGUCAACUCUCCAGAGCUGCGUUGCAACAAAGGUGCCACUACAGGGACUGCCCAGACCUACACCGUAGCUGCCGGGAGUAAGGUUGGCUUCAAACUCUGGUAUAAUGAGUUCAUUGAGCAUCCCGGUCCGGGGUUUGUUUACAUGUCCAAAGUCUCCGGUUCAUUGAACGGCUAUGACGGAUCAGGGGACUGGUUUAAGGUGUACGAGACUGGUCUUUGCGGUGGUCAGCCAAAUGUUGAUACUAGCUGGUGCACUUGGCAAAAAGACCGCAUCGAGUUUACCAUCCCGAACCGCAUCCCACCAGGCGACUAUCUUGUCCGUGUUGAGCAUAUCGGCCUUCAUGAAGCUCAUGUGGGCAAGGCCCAAUUCUAUAUGGAAUGCGCUCAUCUCAAGAUUACCGGCAGCGGAGGAGGCACUCCAGGUCCCCUUGUCAAGAUUCCUGGAAUCUACAAGGCUAGCGACCCCGGCAUUGCAUACAACAAGUGGACAAACACACCCGCCCAAUACAUCAUGCCUGGCCCCAAGGUCUGGGUUGAUAAUGGGUCUUCUAGCCCUCCCCCAGGCACGUCUCCAUCUAACCCCCCUCCCUCUUCGGGUGGCGGUGGUGCUCCUCUUUACGGCCAGUGUGGUGGCACAGGCUGGACUGGGCCUACAACAUGUGCGCAGGGAACUUGCAAGGUGACGAACGAAUGGUACAGCCAAUGCGUUUGA